AUGACGACCGUGCUUCGUAUGCCCGCCUUCAACUCCGCACCCCAUGGACCUGCUUUUACUUCGGUCAAUGGUCCAUCGUCUGUGAGCCCUACAGAUGAACAGAAGCCCGACAUUGUUGCCGUCAAAUCAAACACCUGGAGCCCGCCUUCUCGAGCCGUAGACACGACCUAUCACUCACCAUCCAGCACUAGCCCUCCAACACUUGCCAGCGGGGACGGCUCUCCUGACGGUUCCAACAAAAGGAGGUGGUCUAUCUCGGAAAACGACCAUCUCGUCAAGGUGCACAGCCCAGACAGGCAACUACCACCACCCUACCCAUCUGCUGCCCGCGCCCCACUCACGAGCAUGGAAGCUCCUCAGCAGCGAAGUCUGCCCCCACUGGCUCGUCCGGACCCAGAAAGACGCUGGCAAACUGAGCCCCGGGAACUGCCUCACGCUGGCCACCAACACUUUGAGCACCGUGAACCACGACCCGCUGACCCUAUCCGCAACGGCAUACCGCCAGAUGCUCAUGGCCCCAUCGACAGUACAACCGAAAAUGACGUCGAUCACUCUACUGAAGUCACUCGGGCUGGCGUGCAUGUUGAACUAAAAAAGCGAAAGCGGCAAUUUGCCAACCGAACCAAAACUGGCUGUGGCACAUGCAGAAGACGUAAGAAGAAGUGCGAUGAAGCCAAACCUGAUUGUAACAACUGCACCCGAGGUGGCUUUGUCUGUGAGGGCUAUAACCCGAAAAUGCCGUGGAAUAAGAACGGGCAAGCCAACAAACCGCCUGCAAUCCAAGCCAAAGAGCGCUUGUCUACCUAUCCCACAUGCCCAUAUUGUAACAGAGCUCAUAUCCCACACUGCGCUGCUCGCGGCACAGAUGUUACCUACCCAGCCCCGGAGCCUCAUGCAGCCAACGAACAUGAACGUAAAUAUGUCAGCAAUAGCUGGUCCGAAUUACCGGCGCCACCACCGCCGGCCCGGUCUUACCAUGCAUCAGAAGCGCCGCCUCAGCCCGCACAGUACACUAGGCCUAGUCCAAACCAUCACGACAUGUCUCAACAACAAAUUCAAGCACAGCAUCAGCAUAAUCCCCGUGUUUACCAUCAUACGCCACAGAAUAUGGGACAUGUAGUCACUAGUGCUACAGCACCAGCUUCCAUUCACAUUUCCGCUCCUGCGCCAGCUCCUACCCUGGUCGCCAACCCUAUUGCACAGCAACCUCGUGUGGCACCGCAGCAUUCUCGCCCACCGCCACCACCACCACCUACAACAGCGCCUCCUGAACGUUCUCCAGUUCACUAUCCAAACCAAUCAUCCUUCUUGCACAAGACCGAGAAAGCGAAAAUGCUGGCCGGCGAACCCUUCCUACCUUUCGACAGAUCUCUGAUGGACGAACGCCACAAUUGCCUAGUGGCCCAGCAACACUUUAAUGCUACGAUUAAUGGAUUCAACCAGUUCACCAAGCACACACGCGAUAAUCUCUUCAGAUCAAUCGUGAGGGCGGGUUGGAUUGGAAAAGACGCGUCGAAUAUUGUCAGCCAUUUGGGCUCCAACGUCAAUGUCGUUGCGCCCUUUGCUUGCGAUUACGGCUACCAUCUGAAUAUUGGCGAUGAUGUGGUUAUUGGAUCGGACUGCCAUCUCCAUGACUCAGCGAGGAUCUGUAUCGGGAGGAAUACCAAGAUCGGAGUUCGCGUUACCAUUCAAACACUGAAGACCCCAACUGACAACAAGUCACUGAAGGGCAGUAAAGGCACUGAAGUUGCCCAGGAGGUACAUAUAGGGGAGAAUGUCUAUAUUGGCGACAACUGUGUGAUUGAGGCUGGGGUACGGAUCGGAGAAAACACCAUCGUGCGUCCAGGAUCAGUCGUUUCUCGCGAUCUACCGAGCAAUUGUGUCGCCCAGGGGAACCCAGCUAUCAUCCUGCCAAACUAA